GUUACUGAAGGCGCGAAAACACAGAAUGARCUCGAAUAUUAUCAGACGGAUUUACUUUUGUGGUAGCAUCCGAGGUGGCAGGGAUGAUGUACAYAUCUAUAAGGAUAUAAUUAACCAGCUAGGCGCUUAUGGCGAAGUUUUGACUGAGCAUGUUGGAGAUGUAGAGACRCAAGAAGAAGAAAUAGGGGAUGACAACUAUAUCCAUGACAGAGACAUGAAGUGGCUGAUGGCUUCUGAUGCUGUYGUUGCCGAGGUCACCCAACCCUCUCUGGGUGUUGGCUAUGAAAUUGGCAGAGCAUUGGAGCACAACAAGCCAAUAUUAUGUCUCUAUCGACCUCAGCCUGGAAAACGUCUUUCAGCAAUGAUUCGUGGAGUUAAGAGGCCUAAUUUUAUGGUCAAAGACUACAAGCUUGAAGAUGUACCAGAAAUUCUGAAAGAAUUCUUAUCACAUUAAAAACUUAAAUCUUGGAACUUGUUCYAGUUCUUCCUCACAAGGAUAAAGACUUUAAAUCUUAUUAUUAACCCCAUAUAAGGGCUGGUUUACUCUAGAACUAAGCAUUAGCAGCCAAAGAAAUGAACAAGUCUGAGCUCAUGCUUAAAAGUGUAAAAAAGGCAAAACAAAAAUCUCAGGUUCUGUAACUUACUUUUUGAGCUAACGUGAGCUAACGAAGUUGGUAGAUUAUUAGUGUAUUUUUAUUCUUCAUUUGCAAUACUUGUAACAGUGGCCAUCUUGGUUGAAUUCAAUUGGUUGAAUUCAACAAAGGAUUUCUCAUUAGUAUCUAUUGUUUAUUCAACCAAUAUGGCUGCCAGUCUUAUCUAUGAAUCUUAUGGAAAUGAAAAACAAAAUAUCUACGUUUUUCUGAGAAUAAUCUGUACUAAUGUACAAUUUACAUUGAAUGCUAAUAUUGUUUUAAAGUAUUGUAACUCGAUCAAUUCAUAUGAUACAUUAAAGUUGCGAAAAU